UCUUAAAUAUAUUCUAUCCGUUCUGUGAUUUAUACCACGUUCUUAAUUUUAGAACGCUACAAGAUAAAAGAUGGAAAACUAUUGUGUUUAUGCAAAUGACGCUACUAGUGAGGUAAAUAAUUGGGUUCUCUUUACCACGGAGCAACCAGUUACCUCUGAAGGGGCAAUAGAAGCUCCAGAAAAUUCUGUUCUGCCAGAAAUAAAUGAAAGUACAUUAAGUACAGUUGGAGAAGAUAAUUCCACUAUCGAAGAUGACGAAAAUCUUAAAACGUUGCUGAAAGAAUUCAGACUGGAAUGUAUUUUUGAGAAUUUAAAAGCUGCACAAAUCACUUAUAGAUGCUUAAAAUACAUUCAAAAAGAGGAUUUGAAAGAAGCAGUUCCACAUCUUGGCCUACGCAUAGAGUUUCGUGAAAAGUUAUUCGCCUGGAGAAAAAAUAAGUUCGGAGUUGACGACGAAACAAUUUCGGUGCCAUCAAAAGUAAAUGACUGGUUCAAAGCCUGCACAGAUUCUCAUAGUAAAUCUUCUUGCUUAUCAUCAACGAACGCCUCAUUGAGCACAAGACUAUUCAGUAAGGAUAUCACUGCUUUACUGACUCGUACAACUAAAGGCAUCAAUAUCCUGGAGUACUAUAAAGAGAACAACACAUUAACAAGUGUCCUCAGAGAUGAAGUAAUCAACAUUAUUGUUGAAGAAAUUGUGCUCAACGGCAUUACUCUGAAAGCCAAUGAUUUUGCACCUUUGUUUAAUGAAAUUUGCUCACUUUUUCCGACAGAAAGAACUGCUGAGGUUGGUAUAUUUGUUGGUUUAGUUUAUUUAAAUUUUGUUUACGUUACUAUAUGCUAA